CCCCCUUCCCCCCCGCCCGGGUUGGGGUUUCCUUACGGUUCGGUUCGCAACACAGACGACUUGUGAGAAUUUGCAGAAAAGUGUAGGUCUUCGCAGAAAGAACCAACUCAUCAGAUCUGCAGCUACGCAUUUUCCGCACGCCUCGUCCUUUUUUGAAUCCACCCUUGGGAGCGUCGCUGAGUUCUUUUUCUUUCGCGGAUACGUGGAGGGAAAAUUCUGUCUCCCCGCCCUCGCCGGCUAUUCAGGGACACUCUUACGCAACAAUCCGGCAGACUGAUAACGUAAGAAGAGGCCAGCUAGAGCAACGGCGGCCAUUUUGUGUCAGGAGGCCGGAGGAAAAAGGCUGACUGGCUUUCCCUCCCUCAGCAACUCCUGACUCGGUUUGGCCUGUCGAAGGUUUUGGGACUUUGAGCCCAGCCGGCUUUCUAAGCAAGGGGAAACACAGCUACUAAGGCUGCGCCAACAGAUAUCUUUCUGCAGCCAGAAAAGCCACAAGAGGUUCGGCCGGGCCCCCUGAACGUCGGCUCUCCGGGUCCAGCGCCGGGAAGCCCUUUCGGCCUGUCAGGAUGCGAGGCUUCGGAGACCGAGGCCGCGACCGGGACCGCGGCGGGUUUGGCAGUCCUCUUCCUCCCAAAAAAUUCGGAAACCCUGGGGAACGUUUGCGUAAGAAAAAAUGGGACUUGAGUGAAUUGCCCAAGUUUGAGAAGAAUUUCUAUGCUGAGCAUCCAGAAGUGGCAAGACUCACUCCAUAUGAGGUUGAUGAAUUGAGAAGAAAGAAAGAGAUUACAGUUCGAGGUGCAGAUGGUUGCCCCAAGCCUGUAUUUGCCUUCCACCAGUGUAACUUCCCUCAAUAUGUCAUGGAUGUCUUGAUCGACCAGCAUUUCACAGAACCAACUCCAAUUCAGUGUCAGGGCUUCCCGUUGGCCCUUAGUGGUCGUGACAUGGUGGGCAUUGCACAGACUGGCUCUGGAAAAACAUUAGCAUACCUGCUGCCCGCGAUUGUUCACAUCAAUCACCAACCAUAUUUAGAAAGGGGGGAUGGUCCAAUUUGCUUGGUUUUAGCUCCUACCCGAGAAUUGGCUCAGCAAGUCCAACAGGUGGCUGAUGAUUAUGGCAAAUGUUCCAGACUGAAGAGUACGUGUAUAUAUGGAGGAGCACCCAAAGGUCCACAGAUCAGAGACUUGGAGAGAGGCGUUGAAAUUUGCAUUGCUACCCCUGGACGUCUGAUCGAUUUCUUGGAAGCAGGGAAGACGAAUCUCCGGCGAUGUACAUACCUUGUACUGGAUGAAGCUGAUAGAAUGCUGGAUAUGGGUUUUGAACCUCAGAUACGUAAAAUUGUGGAUCAGAUAAGACCUGAUAGGCAAACCCUAAUGUGGAGUGCCACUUGGCCAAAGGAGGUGCGCCAGCUAGCUGAGGAUUUCUUGCAUGACUAUGUCCAGAUCAACGUGGGCAACCUGGAGCUGAGUGCCAAUCAUAAUAUCCUGCAGAUAGUGGAUGUGUGCAUGGAGAACGAGAAGGAUCAUAAACUGAUACAGCUGAUGGAAGAAAUCAUGGCUGAAAAAGAGAACAAGACAAUUAUUUUUGUGGAGACAAAACGACGAUGUGAUGAUCUAACUCGACGAAUGCGUAGAGAUGGUUGGCCAGCUAUGUGUAUUCAUGGAGACAAGAGUCAGCCAGAACGAGAUUGGGUGCUUAAUGAAUUCCGUUCUGGAAAGGCUCCUAUCCUCAUUGCUACAGAUGUUGCAUCUCGUGGGCUAGAUGUGGAAGAUGUAAAGUUUGUGAUAAACUACGACUAUCCAAACAGCUCAGAAGAUUAUGUGCACAGAAUUGGCCGUACUGCCCGGAGCACCAACAAAGGCACUGCCUAUACUUUCUUCACACCAGGAAAUUUGAAACAAGCUAGAGAACUAAUAAAAGUGCUAGAGGAGGCCAAUCAGGCUAUCAAUCCAAAACUGAUGCAGCUUGUGGACCAUAGAGGUGGUGGCGGCGGUGGAGGUGGCCGUUCUCGUUACCGUACCAGUAACUCUUCCAAUAAUCCUAAUCUGAUGUACCAAGAAGAGUGUGAACGGAGGCUCCGGGGAGUUAAAGAUGGCCGAAGAGACUCAACUGGUUUCCGAGACCGCGAUCGUGGUGACAGCUUUGCCAAUGGAGCCAACAAGGGCUAUGGCGGUGCAUAUGGAAAUGCAAAUUCUGCCUUUGGGGCACAGCAGGGCCAGUAUGCUUAUGCCCAGGGAGCCUAUGGAGCAGCUGCGUAUGGAGCAAGUGGCUACGGGGCAGAAUAUGGUGCUGCUGGGUAUGGUGGAGCCAGCACUGCCAACAGUGGGAGAAACUCACAAAGCACCAAUCAGCAGCAGUAUGCAGGGAUAGGCCGUUCAGGCCAGCAGCCACAGCCUCUCAUGUCGCAACAGUUUCCCCAGCCUCCAGGCACCAACGUGAUGGGCUAUAUGGGACAGACUGCCAACUACCAAUAUCCUCCUCCUCCACCACCCCCUCCCCCUUCACGCAAAUGAGAUCAUUUGGUUUAGUGGUUACCAGUCAAGAUUUGCAAUUAAAAACCUCUUCUCUCCUCCCUCACCACCCCCAGUGUGAUGUUUUCCCCUUAUGCAGGUUAGAUCUAGAAUUCACCAUCCAAAUUCUGCCCACAGACAGUGGUCUCCAGUCCACAUUAUUGAUUUUGUUUUUAAAAUUAGUGAUGGCUGGAAAACUGACUUUACACAUGUUUUGGCCUUGCAUGUUGAGUGAUACAGAAUGAUUAUUUUCUCUUUCAAAAAAAAACAAACAAACAAACAAAUUCCUAUAGGGCAGAUAUGUCCCAGUCCAAUUCUCAUUGUGUCUGAGGCUUGUGUAUGAAAACUUGCUGCAGAGAGGACAACUUAUCCAUGCUGUGAACCAAGAAAAGUGGUGCUAAGGAGUGGUCCUGUCUUAACAGAAUAUUAAAGAUGGUGUGCUUUUUUUUCUUACCAAAAUUGAGACUUGAUUUGCUUCAGCAGCAAUUGGAUUGAAGACCUUGGAUUUGGCACAGGUGAAUAUUGAAAAGAUAAUUAAUCUAGUUUUUCUCAGGUUGUUGUAAAACUCCACUCCACAGAUAAGGGGAAGGGAUAUUAGAGUGUUGGAGCUGAGUGUUCUUCUCUGUUGGCAUGCACUUUCACCCCAAGUUUAAUCACAAAAUUAUUACAUUUUUAUAAGUUAAGCAGAUUUUUGCAUGACUCUUAAGUUGCUAACACGUCCAUUUCACCCAAGGGAUUAUAAUUUAAGUCUUUUUCUCAAGUUUGAAUUGCUGAGGUUAAGAUUGUACUCAGCAGGAUUGUAAAAGGGGAUGCUAGCUUGGUCUUCAUUUACUUGGUAUCUAUUACUUUAAUGUAAAAUGCCUCAUUCUGGAUACCACUGUAAUGAGUAAAAUGGUUCAGUUUUCUAUUUUAAAUCUUAAAAGGAUGAUUUUAGACAAAAUGGAAUAUGAACCCCUAUUCGUGGGGGAGGAGGAAGAGAUGGCAAAUAUGUCUUGAAGCUACCUUCGUAUUCUCAUCUGAUUAGGGCUUUGCUUGGCUUUUGAAUGAAUUUCUUCAGCUGUCUUUUACACUCGGCUUUUACAGGUAGGUAGCCUUCUAGGAACUUUUAGGGAAGGAUAGAAGUUUAGUAAACGCUUCCAUUCAAUAUUGUUGAUUUUUUUUCCCCUAGGCUGAGCAAGGCUUUAGGUGGGUGGGUAGGGUGGGAUCCCUCUUCAAGUACUAAGGCUUAUGUCUUGUGAUUUCUAGCAGAAGGAUUGGUAUUGUUGGCUUUGCAGUGCAUCACCUGUUCAUGUUCAGAGAACAAGGCAGGAGAUCACUUAUAUACCGACUGAGAGGCAUAAUGUGUUUGCUGCAGUGUUUUCUUCUGUUUUGGGAAAUGUGCAGUUCAGCCAAAUAAGCCAGUCCAGUUAUUUUAUAGCAGUGUGGGGCUGGCAUAUAAAAAUGGAAUUUUGAUUUAUGUUCCCAGAGCUCAUAAAUCAGUUGUUUAUCUCCACGCAACAUACAGGUAGGUUGUUGGCACAGACUGGGGGAGGGACAUUUUUGGUAGUUCUAAUUUUUUUUCUUGUUUAUUUCUGUAAUCAUAAAUUUGCAGAAUUAAGAAUUCUGGCAGUGAGUUUCAGAGCUUAAAAAGGUUUGAAAUGAUCAUUUGCUGAACACUGACUAAAUCUUUCCUGGAAAAGAUAUCAUUGGGCUGUUGGUUAGUGCAGAUAUUAACCUAAAAACAUGGUGGAGAUGUGUACUUCCCAUUUUCCUUAAAAGGGGUUUCAAGAAGGUCAUGUCUGUUGUGUGGUCUUCACCAAUCGUUGCAGCCAUAAAAUUGUUUUUGGGUUUUGUGCUUUGUUGUAGCUUGGCAACAACUAUAGCCCAGAGUCUUCAGGCUCAGCCUGAGUUUUAAUUAACCAUUGAAUGCUCUGUGGCAUGUACUGAUUAUGACCCACCUGGUGCUGCUUGGUUCCAUCUACCAGCUAAAGAGCCCUGUUGACAAAGUUGUAAUGUCCAUCGCUACCCCCAGUGAACAUUUUUAGAAAUAUCAGUCCAGCUUAUAUUCCCUUCCAGAUAAGUCACUGUGGUCUUUGGUUGAAAGAUUUAUGCUCUAAAUGAGAGGCUUUUGGGAUGGGAUCAGUUCUCUGUUUCAACUUUUACUAGUAUUUGAACACAUUCCUGUUGUAAUAACAAAGACUUGAAUGGAGAGAUUCAUAGUUCUGUGGUGUUCAGGCACAGCAUACUAAAAAGCUAUGUUAUUAUUAGUUUGUAAAUUGUCCUUUUGAUACCAUCUUGUUUUCUUUUGUAGGUAUGAAUAAAACACUGUUGUCAAUAAA